UCUCCACCACAGAGUAAAUAGAAAACAAAAUGAAAAAUUGAAUGAGAAUCCUUAGUUCCCUGUCAUAAUCACAUUUUUUUUCCACCAUUUCCAUUUUCAAUUCCAAUUCCCUUUUCAUUCCACUUUCUCCCGUCCACAUUGCUUUCGUCACAACCACAUUCUGCAGAUCGCGCUUCUCUCAUUCUCUCCCACCAUGAUGUCCACUGGUGACCUUCUCAAUAUCGAACCCGUCGAACUCAAAUUCAUCUUUGAGCUCAAGAAACAGAUCUCGUGUUCUCUUAUAUUAUCAAAUAAGACAGAUAGCUACGUAGCUUUCAAGGUAAAAACAACGAAUCCAAAGAAAUAUUGUGUUCGGCCAAACACUGGAAUUGUGUUGCCUCGGUCUACAUGUGAUGUUAUAGUUACGAUGCAAGCGCAAAAGGAAGCUCCACCUGAUAUGCAAUGCAAGGAUAAGUUUCUUCUUCAAAGUGUAAGAGUAAAUGAUGGAGCCAAUGCAAAGGAGAUUACUCCUGAAAUGUUUAACAAGGAAGCAGGGCAUGUGGUUGAGGAGUGCAAAUUGAGAGUGGUGUAUGUUGCUCCACCUCAACCUCCGUCUCCAGUUCAAGAAGGUUCUGAGGAAGGAUCGUCACCUAGAGUUUCGUUUAACGAAAACGGAAAUGCAAAUGGUGCUGACUCCACAACGAUGAUGAGAGGAUUUACUGAACGUCACGAGUAUCCCGAAAAAUCUGCAGAGGCAAAAGCUCUCAUGUCAAGGCUGACUGAAGAAAAGAAUAAUGCAAUUCAACAAAAUAUCAAGCUUCGUCAAGAACUGGACCUGCUGAAACGUGAAAGCCACAAAAGUCGUGGGAAUGCCUCAAUGUUCUUUGUCAUCUUUUUUGGUUUACUUGGCAUAAUUACAGGGUAUCUCCUGAAGAAGACCUAAGCUCUUUUAGGCAUUCGAUCUUUCUCCGUGCUUCAAUUUCCAGAUUGUUCCUGACUAUUCAGUUCAAGAAAUGAUGACGAAAAGCAAAAUAGGUUAAUUUAACAGGUGUUUUGUUUGCGAGGGCCGCGUAGAAACACUAGUUGAAAGUGUGGGUUGGUUGCUUGAAGAGUAUAUUAUUAUGAAUUAACCCAUUCUUUUUGGUAACAAGCAUUCUUUGUGUAACUUAUGGGGGAAUUUAUUUUUUUGUGGUUCAUUUCAUCGAUCAAUUAUAUAGAAAUGUUAAUGAA